AUGUACAAGCUGCACAGUCCUCUAAAGUCUGGUGCCCCCCCCCAGGAUACGACUGAGAGUUCCUUUAAAGAGUUUCCUGGGACUCUUUUUCAUCUAAAAGAAUCGCCCGCCGCUGCCCUCCAGGCUGAAUUGAUGUCCACCUACAGGCGGGCGACGCUGGAUGAGGAAGAUCUGGUAGACUCAAUCGGGGAAGGAGAAGUUUACCCUAAUGGAAUCCAGGUAAAUUUCCGUGGCUCUGGGAACAGCAGGAGUUGCUGGACAGAACGCACUCACAUUGAGAAGCGUCUCUUGGUUCUGAUCGUGGUUCUGGCACUCAGCCUCUUGGCCUGUGUCUUAGCCCUGGGAUUCCAGUACAGAUAUAGGCCAUCCAAGUCAUGUCUGACGGAAGCCUGCAUCUCCGUGACCAGCUCCAUCCUGAGCUCUCUGGACCAGUCAGUGAGCCCCUGCGAGGAUUUCUUCAAAUAUGCCUGUGGUGGGUGGAUGAAGGGAAACCCCAUGCCCGAUGGCCACUCACGCUGGGGCACCUUCAACAACCUCUGGGAGCACAACCAGGCCAUCAUGAAGCACCUUCUAGAAAAUACCACAUCAAACAUGUCCAGCGAGGCCGAGCGCAAGGCCCAGCGCUAUUACCAGUCCUGCAUGAACGAGACCAAGAUCGAGGAACUGAAGGCCAAACCACUGAUGGAGCUGAUUGAGAAGCUCGGUGGCUGGAAUAUCACGGGCCCCUGGGACAAAGAUAACUUCAACAAGACCCUGCAGGAGGUCAUGGCAUACUACCACACCUCACCCUUCUUUUCUGUCUACGUAAAUGCUGAUUCCAAGAACUCCAACAGCAACGUCAUCCAGGUAGACCAGUCAGGACUCGGGUUACCUUCCAGAGAUUACUACCUGAACAAAACGGAGAAUGAGAAGGUACUUACUGGGUACCUGAAUUACAUGGUGCGGCUGGGCAUGCUCCUGGGAGGGGCAGAUGAGGAGGCCACCCGGCACCAGAUGCAGCAGAUCUUGGACUUUGAGACGGCGCUAGCCAACAUUACCAUCCCUCAGGAGAAGCGCAGGGAUGAGGAAGUGAUUUACCACAAAGUGACAGCCGGAGAGCUCAAGAACCUGGCGCCAGCUAUCAAUUGGAUGCCCUUCCUCACCACUGUGUUCUACCCGGUGGAACUCAAUGAAUCCGAGCCAGUGGUUGUCUAUGCCAAAGAGUACAUGGAGCAAGUCUCCAGCCUCAUCCAAGCCACAGACAGAUGCCUCCUGAACAACUACAUGAUCUGGAAUCUGGUGAGGAAAACCAGCUCCUUCCUGGACCAGCGCUUCCAGGAUGCAGAGGAGAAAUUAAUGGAAGUCAUGUAUGGGACCAAGAAGACCUGUCUGCCACGCUGGAAGUUCUGCGUCAGUGACACCGACAACAGCCUGGGCUUUGCGCUGGGAGCCAUGUUUGUUAAAGCCACUUUUGCAGAGGACAGCAAGAAAAUAGCCGAGGAAAUGAUUACAGAGAUUAAAACUGCCUUUGAGGAAAGCCUGGCCACUCUGCAGUGGAUGGAUGAAGAGACGAGGAAAUCUGCCAAGGAGAAGGCAGAUGCAAUCUAUGACAUGAUCGGUUACCCCAAGUUUAUCCUGGAUCCCAAGGAGCUGGACAAGGUGUUUCAUGAUUAUGAAGCUGUCUCCAGUCUCUACUUCGAGAACGUCAUGCAAUUUUAUAACUUCUCUGCCCGAGUGGCCGCUGACCAACUCCGGAAACCUCCAAAUCGGGACCAGUGGAGUAUGACCCCUCCAACAGUGAACGCCUACUAUUCCCCCACCAAGAAUGAGAUUGUGUUCCCAGCCGGGAUCCUGCAGGCUCCUUUUUACACCCGCACCUCCCCCAAGGCACUGAACUUUGGCGGGAUUGGUGUUGUCGUGGGCCACGAGCUGACUCAUGCCUUUGAUGACCAAGGGCGGGAGUAUGAUAAAGAUGGAAAUCUGCGCCCUUGGUGGAAGAACUCCUCUGUGGAGGCCUUCAAGCAGCAGACUGAGUGCAUGGUGGAACAAUACAGCAACUACACCGUGAACGGCGAGGCAGUGAAUGGCAAACACACUCUGGGAGAGAAUAUUGCUGACAACGGGGGCCUCAAAGCUGCAUAUCGGGCUUAUCAAAAUUGGGUGAAGAAGAAUGGGAAUGAGGAGUCUUUGCCGACGCUUGGCCUCUCCAACAACCAGCUCUUCUUUGUGGGAUUCGCCCAGGUGUGGUGUUCAGUUCGCACCCCGGAGAGCUCCCACGAAGGACUCAUCACAGAUCCCCACAGCCCAUCGCGUUUCCGAGUCAUUGGUACCAUCUCCAAUUCCAAAGAGUUCUCUGAGCACUUCCACUGUCCUUCCGGCUCUCCUAUGAACCCCCAGAAGAAGUGUGAAGUUUGGUGAAAGGAAAAGGACCAGGAAAUAGUGGAAACCAACUUUUGGCUUAUUGUUCCUUCAUCAAGAAUUGAAUUUCCCAGGCUCUCUGCUCAAAGGGCAGUUUCUUCUUUCAACGAACUGUAAAACUCUCAGCAGGAACGGAUCCCUGAGCCCUAGGUAUCAUCACGGGGGGAGGGAAGGGAUAGCUCAGUGGUUUGAGCAUUGGCCUGUAUUGGCUUGCUAAACCCAGGGUUGUGAGUUCAAUCCUUAAGGGGACCAUUUGGGGAUUGGUCCUGCUUUGAGCAGGGGGUUGGACUAGAUGACCUCCUGAGGUUCCUUCCAACCCUGAUAUUCUAUGAUCUGAGAUUCGAUCCACUGUGAAAACCUUUCUUAAUCUCACUCACUUGUGAAAUGUCUUUUUUUUUUUAAAAAAAAACCUUGCAUAGAGUGUAUGUACAUAUGCAUGUGUCUGUCUGCACUGACCCAUAUGUACACAUACACUGUUAAGCCCCUGCCCUGUCACAGGCUUGAAGACUUUUUCUAAUUGAUAAAGGGAGACCCACAGAUUAAAGUGAUAACUGGUUUGACUGUGUAUCUAAAUAUGCCCGACAUACGCUAAUCUCUCCAGAUGUGUGUGUGUGUGUAUGUGUAUAUACACACACACACACACACACACACACAAAUAUAUAUUUUUUUAAAUAUAUUUUGGGGAAAAUAUUUUUUGAACAUUGUGAAAUACACUGGAAAAGUUCAGGGAAAAUGCAUUUAAAAGCCCCCUUUUUUUUUUUUUUUUGGAAAAGGAUUAGUAUAUUUAUUACUUUUUUUUUUAAAAGUAGUGCAACUAGAUACGAGAAUCUCAGUAGAGACCAUUCCACUGAAACACAGGAGACUUAAGGGUGUCACUGAGGCAACAAAUUAACUUUGCAGCCCUGGAGACCAAGAUUCUUAUUGAAUCCCUGGGAUCACUAACAAGAUUGAAGAACUGCCCUUCUAGUCUGUCGUGGACACUGAUCCAGUGCACAGUUGGAAGAGUCUGUUCAGAGCCAGGACGGCAGUAGCCAACUGUAGCUAGCUGGAAUUGAGUGGCAGUAGAGGACUGUGAGGGUAAGUGCCAUGAGAGAAGUGCGUGCAUUUAUAGUUGAGUGACAGAUCCUGAACAUAUCACUAGAGUUUUAUUUGCAGGCAAACGCUUGCAGGUCUUGGAAGCCAUAUUAAGCUCUGCUGAUGUACAAGGUCCAUUACAGAAAGUCUCUCAGAACAGGUUUCAGAGUGGUAGAACAGGAAACCAAAGAGAGAUUCGUUCAUUCUAUAAAUCUUCCAUCUGUCUCUCUUCUCCUGCACCCUACAGCAAGCUAAGAGCAGCACACUGUGACUGAGAUACACUGGGAUCCCAACCACCAUCUAACCUGUCUCCAGGCAGCUGUACUUGGGUAUAGUGAAAGCUGCAUUGUAACUUUUAACCUACUUGAGCCAUCUUUAACUUCUGUAUACAAAGGGAGAGGAAGGCAGCCAGCUGCACUAGAUUAUUAAGUCCAGCUGGUACACAGACCUUCCCAAGAGAAUUUGUGAAACUUAAAUUAUGAGCUCUCUCUUUGUCUUACUGCUUUAGAACAGCCCAAGCAUAGACCAACCCUCUUUAUGUCAUCGUUAUUAUUGCUGAAAUCAACAUUGCAUAAUAUAGCUUGGGUCAGGCACAGGUGUAAGUCGCCUUGGGUUUUGUUGUUCAACUGGCAGGCUGGGGAAAUGGCUCUGUUCUGAAAGCUCACAAACCUGUGAAGGCUGAGGCCUCUCUCCUGUGUAAGCAGCUGGCCAGUUAUUUAGCAAUACUGCUAGCAUCCCCUCUGAGCAGCUCCAUAAGGGAAUAGGUGUAACCACAGGACCUCAUGGUCCCUGGGCUGGAGGAGAUCAUGUGGAAUAUGGUGGUUCAAUGGGUAUUCCUCUACCAUUCCAGCCACAAAUAUCUCACCACCACCACCCCCUGACUGCCUGGUAGACUGCCAGUCCUACCUCUUCUGUGUACGGUGGCAAUCCAUAGUUAAAAAGGGUGGGAAUCGGUAACCUCAGAAAGAGGGUGGAUGUUGGCUAUGCACCACCCUGGGUAGUGCCCAAUGACAAACCGAGUCUAGAGCCCUUCCAGGGCCUUACAGGUGUUCAGUUCCACCUGUGAAAGCAGCCUCCUCCCUCUGGACUGGCACAAGAGCCUGGGUACAUGCACGUUUGCUCCAGCAUGGAGUUCAGCCCACAUUUCCGGGCUCAGAGUCUGCACAAAUCCCAGGCUUGGAUGGGGAAAAGGGAACCCAAAAAGCAUUAAACCACCAAUAGCUAUGGAAGGCAGGAAGGUGAUGGGGGAUCUCUUGGUGCCAUGGCCCCCAGGGAAAGCAGUUUGUUCAAGUCUCUCUGACUUCAUCUCGCUCCCUUUCUUCUUCUUUCCACCCAGUCCCAUGCAUUGCCACUUCCUUGGACUCUUCCAAGUUGAAAUGCCUCCUUUCCUGUAAGCAAGACAUUGGAAAGUAGCCAUUGGUGUGAGCACUGUGGAUCUAGAGUCCUCUAUUGAUUCUGAUGCCGAGAAGGCUGGGUCACAGGUUGGCUUACUUACUGUGUUGCAAGUAUUAGCCAGGCUUGCCAUGGUCAUUGCUACAUGCAAGAGAACCCCAGUGCCCUGCGAGCUGGGAAAGGCUAAGCACAUUGUAGGGCUAUAGAGGCUGGAUGUCUGUCAGUUGUCUGGAAGAGGGAAGAGCUAUGCUCCACCCCCCUUCUAAAUGGAGACCUGGCAGGGGCUGGAAGAGUCAUUCUGGAUGGGCAGAGGCACAGAUCUGAUGGUCCUGCUGGGGCAAGUGGGGCAGGUUCUUUCAAGUAUGGAAAUGAGCCUAGAAGCCUGUGGUCUGAUAGAGGCAAUAAGAACCCACCGUACCCAUUUUGUUCGGUGUGAGGGGCAGGCCAUGAGUGACCAAGAGUAGGCUUAGCUAUGAAGAGCCUCGUCUGCUCCUAGGCAGUGCAUUUGUCCAGAUUUCAGAUAAUGAAUGCAGAGUAACUCCUGCUGUGUCCCUGCCUCUUCCCUAAAAGCCAGGGCCCCAUUUCAGGCCCGCCCCAUUUCAGGCCCACCCCAUGGGCUUCUGUUAAAUUCCUGUCUGGCAGUCUCCUAGCCACAGGAUUGCCACAACACUACCUGCUCUCUGCAUGUGAGCCUGUGGGCUUGGGCACCGCGGCCAGGUCAGUUGUCCAGCAUUGCAUGUGGCUGUUCUGCAUUGCUAGGGGAAUUUCUUUCCAUGUCUGUCCCCGCUUUCCUCACAGCCUCCAGUGCAGAGCAGGGACAAUUUUCCUAAGCAAACUACCCCAGGUGAGCCCACAGAGCAGGGCUCAGUGCUGGGAGAGCUCUGGGGCUCACUAGGUGGCUUGAGGCCUUUCACACAGCAGGUUUGUUAGGCAGAGUCCUAGCAUCUCACCCAGUGCCAGCCUUGGGAUGCUUUCUUCUUUUGUCUAUCCUGUUAACCCUACGUGCUCCUCCCAGAGGUAGCCUAGUCUCACAGUUAAACCAAUCUGGGAUUGGUUACUGGAGUAUAGAAACCUGGUGAUCGCUUCAAGAUGUGCUGUCAACUCAAAGAGCUGAAAGGGAACAGGGAGGUCAGGACUGUGAGCUUUCAGAUCACAGCCUCCAUUGGAGCGCAGGAAACCAGUCCCUUCAGUCUGUGCUACCAAGACAUCAAGGGAGCUGGCCUGGAAAGAGCCUAUAGAGACUAUGGGCUUUUCGAUAUUCUCUCCUAGAUUUUAACAGGAAACUGCUGACAGUAAUGGGUGCCAGUCUCAUUUCCUCCAGCAAGGGGCACCAUCAUAUUUUAGACAAAGGGAAGGAUUUUUAGGGAUUUUUAGUAUUUAUAUGCUAAAGCAGGGAUUUUUGUAACUGUUUUUUCAACCUUCAUUGUGACGCUUAUUGUAAUUGAAAUAAAAUACUUGUUAUUGGG